AUGAAUUAUUACGAUGCAUCAAAUAUCUCAUCCAUUCUUCCUCUACCACUAUAUGUUUUACCAAUUAAUAUAGCUGGACAUUUUUCACAAGACCAACUUCAACACAAUUUAUUUUUAGCACCAUGUACAUUCAAAGAUCUUAUAGAAUUUUAUUUAUAUGAAAAUCGACAUUAUUUGUAUCAUAAUAUUCAAGUCAUUUUUCUGAAUCAAAAUGGUAUGAAAUUACCAAAUGAAUCAUAUAUUCCAUCUCAUAUGUUAACAUCUGAUUCACCUGCUAUUACGCUUAAUAUUCUACCAGAUAAGACAACAACAGAAAAUCAAAGAAAUAUUAAUAAUCCCGAUGAAAAUCUUGUUUCAACAUAUUUUCUUAAACAAAUUGGAUGUCGAAUGUUAAAUAUUCAAUCGAUUAUUAAAUAUUGGCAAAUGAAUUCUAAUAAUAGAACAGAAUUAAAUCAAGUAAAUAUUCAAACAUUAAUCAAAAGUUUAAUGAAAGAACGAAAAUAUAUGACUGAUGAAGAUUUUAAAGCUUUAAAACAAAGUCGAUUUUUACAAGAUGCAGGUAUCAAAGUGUUACCUUCGAUAUUCAAUGCUGUGAUUCUUUGUGCUGUUCUAUCAGUUGGCAAUUCUUCUGUUUAUGGAGCGUCUCGUACACUUUGUGCACUUGCUGAAAACAAUCAAGCACCGAAGCUAUUUACUUAUAUCGAUCGUAAAGGACGUUCACUUUCCGCUCUUGCUCUGUCGAUAAUUAUUGAAUUUAUUGCGUAUGUCAACUGUGCAAAAGUUGGCACUAAAGUAUUUGAUUGGUUACUAGCUCCCUCUGGUUUAUCGGCCUUUUUCACUUGGGGUUCUAUAUGCGCUUGUCACAUUAUGUUUCGAUUAGCAUGGAAAGCACAAGGCCACACUUUGGAUGAACUUGCUUUUGUAUCACCUUUUCGUAUAGUGGGAAGCUGUUUUGGUCUUUUACUCAACAUUUUAUGUCUUAUUGCUCAAUUCUGUAUAGCUGUGUCUCCUAUUCGUGGUUCUGCAAGUGCGAAAUCAUUCUUCGAAGCUUAUCUUGCUGCUCUACUUGUAAUUGUUUCCUAUAUCGUAUGGAAAAUAUGGAAGAGAACAUCAAUUGUACGACCUAGUACAAUCGAUCUCGAAACUGAAAGACGUAUACUCAAUGUACAACAGUUGAUCGAUGAAGAAAGAGCAGAACGUAGAGCCUGGCCAAUAUGGAAAAAAGUGUUUUACGAAUGUUGUUGA